AUGUCGCCAGUUAGUCUCUACUGCAUUGUAUCGAUUGCUGUCAUCAUGGUUACACAUUGGUUAUACAGGUGGUGGAAUCCUAAAUGUAAUGGAAACCUUCCCCCAGGUACAAUGGGCUGGCCAUUACUAGGCGAAACCAUUCAGUUUUUCGCUCCCAAUAGAACUUGGGAUACACCCCCCUUUGUAAAAGAGAGAAUGAAAAGAUAUGGGUCGAUAUUUCGAACCAACUUAGUUGGGCGACCAGUUAUCGUCUCAACUGAUCCAGAUCUUAAUUAUAUGAUCUUCCAGCAAGAAGGACAGUUGUUUCAAAGUUGGUAUCCAGAUAGUUUCACUGAGGUAUUUGGGAGACAGAAUGUAGGAUCUUUGCAUGGAUACAUGUAUAAGUUUCUCAAGAAUAUGGUACUGUAUCUAUUCGGGCCAGAAAGCCUUAAAAAGAUGCUAAAUGAAGUGGAAAAUGAGGCAUCAAAAAACUUAGAGAAAUGGGCUGGUCAAGAAUCAGUAGAGCUCAAGGAUGCAACUGCAAAUUUGAUAUUUGAUCUAACUGCAAAAAAGUUGAUAAGUUAUGAUCCAGAGGAAUCAUCCGAGAAUUUGAGGGAGAACUUUGUAGCGUUUAUACAGGGAUUAAUCUCUUUCCCUUUAGACAUACCUGGGACAGCUUACCACAAAUGUCUACAGGGAAGAAAGAAGGCAAUGAAAAUGCUUAAGAACAUGCUACAAGAAAGGCGGGAUAAUCCUAGAAAAGUCAAAACUGACUUCUUUGACUAUGUACUCGAUGAACUCCUUCGAGGUGAUACAAUCCUUACAGAAGCAAUUGCCCUAGAUUUAAUGUUUGUACUAUUGUUUGCAAGCUUUGAAACAACUUCACUGGCCAUAACAGUGGCUAUUAAGCUUCUGAAAGACAAUCCACGGGUAUUGCAGGAAUUAACGGAAGAGCAUGAGAAUAUUCUAAGAAACAGGGAAAAUAAAGAGUCUGGACUUACAUGGAAAGAAUAUAAGUCGAUGACAUACACGUUCCAGCUUAUAAAUGAAACAGUCCGUCUGGCUAACAUUGUUCCAGGAGUAUUCAGAAAAGCACUAAAAGAUGUCAAGUAUAAAGAUUAUACAAUCCCAGCUGGUUGGGCCGUUAUGGUAUGUCCCCCGGCCGUUCACAUGAAUCCUGACAAUUAUAAGAAUCCACUAGAAUUUAACCCAAGUAGAUGGGAGAGGAUGGAACAGCGAGGCGCAUCAAAGAAUUUCAUGGCUUUUGGUGGUGGCAUGAGGUUUUGUGUUGGAACUGACUUCACUAAAGUGCAGAUGGCCGUCUUUCUGCACUGCUUAGUCACCAAAUACAGAUGGAGAUUAGUUGGAGGAGGAGACAUUGUACGAACACCUGGUUUACAGUUCCCAAAUGGCUUUCAUGUUGAGAUCACUAUGAAAGAUGAACAGAAUAAAGAUCAAAUAUCUGGAUCUGGUACGAAUCCCUUAUGUGAACACAAUCGUAUUGAUAUGUCUAGCUCUACGUAACCAAGAAAUGAGACUCAUUUAAAACACAAUUUGGAUCUUCAAGUUGCAGACAAGCUGACCACACCAAGUUCCUGAAACAGUAAUUAAGCCAAGGACAAUUUUGCUCGGAAUUAUGUAAAGCUCAUUGCUAUUCAAGUGGCUUGAUGUAUAUAUAUUAGAAAAAUGUAUAAGUUUACAUAAAGAAGAAAUGAAAAAUGUACAAGGUUCUG